AUGGACAACAUCCCGAAACCGUUCCCUCUUCUCCACCUCCCACGCCUUCCAUUAAAAGAAGUAUUCAGUAUGAUGACCCCUUUUGAAUUAAUCAAUAUCUCAAUGGCUUCAUCAAAAUCGAAAGUUAUUAUGAAGUGUUUUUUAAAAAAUGAUAAAAACAUGAAGUAUCGACUUGUAGUGAAAACCAGCAAAGAGCCGAAAGUCUCAUUAUUUGGAUCCGACACCUGUUUUGAUUAUAUACUGACAUCAGAUCAGUCAAUACAUAACAAAAUGGAUUAUGCGAUAUUUCAAGAUAGAUUAAAAUACGACAUUCUUUGGGUUCAUUCGGAGAAUCUGAUACUGGACUGGAUGAAAUUGUUCAAAACAGUGAAGGAGCUCUUUUCAUGCAGAUGUUCUGGCGUAAUAUUUCUUCCGGAUUCAUUUCCAGAACAGAAUAAAGCAGUUGUCGAUUUUAUGAAAUUGGAAACGGAUGAAAUCGAUGGUUGUUUUAUCAGGGGAGAAACGGAGGAUUAUGAAGACAUCGAAUACUUUUUGAAUAAUAUAAAUGUAACAGAGCAUUUGGAAAUAUAUACAAAACUUAGUGAUCGCUUUCAAAUCAAAAGGAAUACUCCUCUGAAAGGUAUUGUUAUUCAUUUCGGAAAUUGUCUGACCUUCAAUCAGUUACUGCAAUUGGACGGAUUAGAUAUUGAUAUUCGAAAAUCAAAUUUCACAAAUAUUGAAUUGAAUGCGUUUUUGCUGAGCUGGAUGGCGUCUAGUUCUCACCGAAACCUCAAACGUAUCAAGAUUCCGAUCAAUGAUUUCGAAUCAUUUGAAACAAUUUUUGAUCUUCCUCAUCAAGUUAUUGAUCCUAAACUGAUAAGACAGGGUAAAACCAGUGACAAUGAAAUAAUCCAAUUGGAAGGUGGAGCCGAUAUCAAGAGAAUUGACGGAGCCACUGGAACUAUUUAUUUUGAAUUGGAUAACGAUCAGAUGAUGUUGAUUAUGAUUGUUUCAUAUUUGUUCACUUGA